AUGGACCUCUUCUCUCUUGAAAACAGCACCGCCCUCGUAACCGGCGGCACACGAGGCAUAGGCCAACAAAUGGCCCUCGCCCUCGCCGAAGCCGGCAGCGACAUAAUCCUCAUCCAGCGCGACCCCACGAACCUCACCACCAAAACGCAAAUCGAAUCCCUCAACCGCAAAGCAACAAUUUACACCGCCGACCUCUCCUCCCGCGCCUCGAUCACCACCCUGAUCCCGCGCAUCCUGGCCGACGGCCACGACAUCAACAUCCUGAUCAACUGCGCGGGCAUCCAACGCCGGCACCCCAGCCACCUCUUCCCCGACGCCGACUGGGACGCCGUCCUGCAGACCAAUUUGACCACGAUCUUCACGCUCUGCCGCGACGUCGGCCGGUACAUGCUGACCCGGGACCCCGACGCGCACGGCCAGCGCGGCGCCAUCAUCAACGUCGCCUCGCUGGUCUCCUUCCAGGGCGGGCUGACGGUGCCGGCCUACGCGGCCGCCAAGGGCGGGGUGGCGCAGCUGACCAAGGCGCUGAGCAACGAGUGGGCGGCGCGCGGGGUGCGGGUUAACGCCGUCGCGCCGGGGUAUGUGGCGACGGAGAUGAAUACCGCGCUGCUCAACGAUGCAGACCGGUCCAAAAGUAUUCUUGAUCGGAUCCCGGCGGGACGGUGGGCGAGCCCGGAGGAUUUCAAGGGGGUGACGAAGAAGAUGUGUUCAGUCGACGAAUUCUGUCCGACUCUGAUACUCGAUAGUUCAACGUAA